UGCGUGGUGUGCCGAGGCAUAUGCAGCUGCAGCUUGUGCAGGGUGAAGGAGGGGCAGGAAGCAACGAGGUCCAUGUAGCGUGCCCGUCACCUGCCGUUCACAUGGAUGAUGUCGCUCGCUCUGCAGGCCACACAAAGGCAACCUCCCCCUCACUGCUGCAUCUUCACCUCCAGAACAGGUCCACGGCAGACGUUGAAAUACAAUACACGUACCAUAACAUGAUUUCCUAG